CUGAAGAAGCUCUUUUCCGGCUACAACAAGUGGUCUCGGCCCGUGGCCAACAUCUCGGACGUGGUCCUCGUCGGCUUCGGCCUGUCUAUCGCGCAGCUCAUUGACGUGGAUGAGAAGAACCAGAUGAUGACAACGAACGUGUGGGUGAAGCAGGAGUGGCACGAUUAUAAGCUGCGCUGGGACCCCGCAGACUACGACAAUGUGACCUCCAUCCGCAUCCCCUCAGAGCUCAUCUGGCGGCCAGACAUCGUCCUCUACAACAACGCGGACGGGGACUUCACGGUGACGCACCUGACGAAAGCCCACCUGUUCCACGACGGGCGGGUGCGCUGGGCGCCCCCGGCUAUCUACAAGAGCUCCUGCAGCAUCGACGUCACCUUCUUCCCCUUCGACCAGCAGAACUGCACCAUGAAGUUUGGGUCCUGGACCUACGACAAGGCCCGGAUCGACCUGGUGAGCCUGCAGGGCCACGUGGACCAGCUCGACUACUGGGAGAGCGGCGAGUGGGUGCUGGUGGCCGCCGUGGGCCGCUACAGCACCCGGAAGUACGCGUGCUGCGCCGAGGUCUACCCCGACAUCACCUACUCGUUCGUCAUCCGCCGCCUGCCCCUCUUCUACACCGUCAACCUGCUGGUGCCCUGCCUGCUCGUGUCCUGCCUCGCCGUGCUCGUCUUCUACCUGCCGUCCGACUGCGGCGAGAAGGUCACGCUCUGCAUCUCGGUGCUGCUCUCGCUCACCGUCUUCCUGCUGCUCAUCACCGAGAUCAUCCCGCCCACCUCGCUGGUAGUGCCGCUCGUCGGCGAGUACCUGCUCUUCACGCUGCUCUUCGUCACGCUCUCCAUCGUCAUCACCGUCUUCGUGCUCAACGUGCACCACCGCUCGCCGCGCACGCACCGCAUGCCCGCCUGGGUGCGCCGGGCCUUCCUGGAGGCAGCGCCCCGUCUGCUGGGCAUGCAGCGGCCGCCCGCGCCCCAUGGCCACCGCUGCCGGCGCCUCGAGGCCGGGCCCCCGGGGACCCGCACCCUGCCACCCGCUGCCCACCCGGAGGGGCCGCUGCACAGCUCGCCCUCGGAGGCCCAGGGGUCCGGCCCCCCACCCUCGCCCCACAGCACCCAGACCCCAGGGCUCGCCCAGACCCGGUCCCUGAGCGCCCAGCAGGUGUCCGGUCCAGGCAGAGCCCAGGAGGGCAGCGUGCGGGGCCGGUCUCAGAGCGUCCAGUACUACGUCCCCCGAGAUGACGCGUCCACCCAGGCCAGCGGACCCCUGGCCACACUCCUGUCUCCAGGCCGGCCCUCGCCAUGCAGAUGCCAGUGCAAGAAGGAGCCGGCAGCAGCGUCCCCGGAUGCCGCGCUCAAAGCCCAAGGCGCCCGAGAGCCCCCGUGUCACCCGGCCCUGUCGCCGGCCCUGAGCCGGGCUGUGGAGGGCGUCCAGUACAUCGCGGACCACCUGAGGGCCGAGGACGCGGACUUCUCGGUGAAGGAGGACUGGAAGUAUGUGGCCAUGGUCAUUGACCGCAUCUUCCUCUGGAUCUUCGUCAUUGUCUGCCUGCUGGGGACGGCCGGCCUCUUCCUGCCCCCCUGGCUGGCCGGCAUGAUCUAAGGACGGUCCGGGGAGCUGGGCGUGGUCACCACCGCAGGACAUCGUGGCUCAAGUCUGGACUCCCGGCUCUGCAGGGUCACACCAUCUGCUGAAUUACCCCCCUCCAUCUGCUGUAUCUAUUUAAAUCAGCCUCCGGGUGCAGGAGCUGGUGCCGGCUCGGUGCCUGCCCAGGAGAGGGCAGCUGGGCUGGGGAAGGACAGCG